ACCCUGAUUUUCAGUCCAUAUAUUAGCUAUCUGUCAAUGUCAGGUGGUUUGAAGAACCGUUCCUCGCAUGUAAUGUUAAAUGAAGUUAUUUUCAGGUUAAUUGGGAAAUUAUAAUCAAAAAUGAACAGAAAUAUUUUUCGUUUCAGGAAUUUCAUUCAAUCAAACAAAUCCAGUAGAUUCUGUUCAAACAAAACAAAAAAGGCAUUGCCUGAAGAAUUAAUGGAAAAUGAACCUAUCAAAUUCUCUACUAGUCUGGCAGCAAGAAAAACAGUUAGACCUGUUGUCAAAAAAACAAAGAUUGACAUGCCUUGGUACCAACCAUACUCUGUGAUAGGCAGUGUGACAGUGUUUCUCAUAUACUUCUGUUUACUUCGAGAAGAAAAUGACAUGGAUGGUGAACUCACCAAGACACUGUAUGAGAGGAUGCAAGGAUUGGAAAAAGUACAGUUACUACAAAGUUACCAAUUCAAUAAGGAACAUGGAAAGAGUGUUGUAGAAAUUGAAAAGAGACUCAAAGAGAUAGAAGAACAGGAGCGACAGCAAGCAACCUCAGUGGCAUAGUUUAAGUUCUAAUAUUAGUGUACAUAUAGAUGUUUUAGUAGGACUGUUCUAUUAAAGUUUAAAUUAUUGGUUACAUAUAA